AUGCCUUACUCUAAUCAACUUAUGAUAUUUCUCCCUCGCGCCGGAAUGAUCUAUCCGCCUGGACACCAUUUUCUCCAAAGAAGUCGUAAGGACAAUAUCGUCAUGGUGUCAUUGGAACAGGCUGGAUUUGCCGAGCAUAGCAGAUUGCCGGCGAAAAAAACAACGAGGGCGGUAGACGAAGCGCUCGCAAGCAUCUUCACCACUGCAAUGGAGCCCGAUAUCAUCCAGCACCUGACCACCGAAGAUGGGGACUUGUUCGACUUCCUCGGUGUCCUCUGCGAGCGCUUAGCCGAGGCGCGAAAGGAGUGGCAGCAGAACCCGCGCCCUCCGUUCGAUCCCGACCAGCAGAGCAAGACGGCGCGUAGCAUCGAUGCCCUGCUAAGCGCAGUGGGAGAUCGUUGGAAUCGCGCUGAGUUCGAGAUCUACGAACUUGUGGGCGGAUGGGAGGAAUACGAUGACGAGGAGAUUGAUAAGAAUUACUCCGACUGUUCUACCCUAGAGGCCCUCGACGACGACAAUGGAUCAUCGGAGAGCAUGCAGAUGGAGGUGGACAGUCUAACUACAUCCCUGGAAGAUGUUGCCGACGAAGAGGCUAUCAAGAAAGGGGUCGAGGAAAUGGAUAUCAAUGAUCCGAUGGACGUAGACAAUGAUUAG